AGUACCGGAAGUGACAUGGCGGCCUCCUUGUGUGGCUCUCUGUCGCCUGUCUCUGCUUCGUCUUAGCUGUUCUUUUCUCUCUUUUUUUUGCCUCUCAAAUUUUCUGUGUCGUUCACCGGGUCGGCGUCCUGUGGAGCUCAGCAUGGGCACCGUCCACGCCAGGAGCCUGGACCCUUUGCCCAUGCAUGGGCCUGAGCUGGGUGUUCAUCCCGACGACAUAGAGCCUCCAGAGAUGGAGCAGGAGCCCAAGCAGGAAAUUCUGGAAAACAAGGAUGUGGUGGUCCAGCGAGUGCACAUAGAUGGGCUCGGGAGGACCAAGGAGGACCUGCUGUCCUAUGAGAUCGCUGAUGUGUUCCGUGCCAGGAAUCUAAUUGAUGUGAUGAAAAGGUCGCACGACGCCAGGCAGAAGCUGCUGCGUCUGGGAAUAUUCAGGAAAGUGGAGGUUGUUAUCGACACCUCCAGAGGAGAGGAUGCUCUUCCCAAUGGUCUGGACGUGACCUUUGAAGUGGUGGAGCUAAGGCGGAUGACGGGCAGUUACAACACAAUGGUUGGCAACAAUGAAGGAAGCAUGGUCCUUGGCAUGAAGUUGCCCAAUGUGUUUGGCCGUGCUGAGAAGCUGACCUUUCAGUUUUCCUACGGCACCAAAGAGACUUCCUACGGUCUGUCCUUCUUCAAACCUCAGCCAGGGAACUUUGAACGCAACAUCUCCCUCAACGCAUACAAAGUAACUGGUCAGUUUCCAUGGAGUUCACUGAGAGAGACGGAUCGGGGUGUGUCUGCCGAGCUGAAUUUUCCAGUGUGGAAGACCAACCAGACACUGAAGUGGGAAGGAGUGUGGAGAGAUUUGGGGUGUCUGGCUCGCACCGCCUCUUUUGCUGUCCGGGAAGAGAGUGGGCAUUCCCUCAAAUCAUCACUUGCGCACGCCAUGGUCAUCGACACCAGAAACUCCUCAAUUCUGCCCAGGAGAGGCGGCCUGCUGAAGCUGCAUCAGGAGCUAGCUGGGUACACUGGUGGGGAUGCCAGCUUCCUGAAGGAGGACUUUGAGAUCCAGCUGAACAAAACUCUCUUCUGGGACUCGGUUCUGUCUGCCUCCUUGUGGGGCGGUCUGCUCCUGCCUAUUGGUGACAAGCCCACAAGCAUAGCGGACAGGUUCUACCUAGGCGGCCCCACCAGUAUUCGUGGUUUCAGCAUGUACAGCAUGGGCCCACAAAGUGAAGGUGAUUACCUCGGAGGAGAAGCUUACUGGGCGGGAGGCCUUCACCUCUACACCCCUCUACCUUUCCGGCCUGGCAGAGGGGGCUUUGGUGACCUCUUCCGAACACACUUCUUUCUCAAUGCCGGAAACCUUUGUAACCUCAACUAUGGGGAGGGUCCGCAAGCACAUUUGAAGAAACUGGCAGAGUGCAUUCGCUGGUCAUAUGGACUUGGCAUUGUGCUGCGUUUGGGGAACAUUGCCAGACUGGAGCUGAAUUACUGCAUUCCCAUGGGAGUCCAGAGUGGAGACAGGAUAUGCGAUGGGGUCCAGUUUGGAGCAGGAAUCCGGUUCCUCUGAAGCCACAGUAGCCCCACAGCACCACAUGUAGUAGUUGUUGAAAGGGACGAUUGCUUGUAGUGGAUGUUUGUUGCAACUUAUCACAUCAAUAAACGUGUUUGCACUGAA